GAUGGGAUCUCUGAAAUCGUUCGGUGUUUUAUUCAACCCUAUGAUGGAUUCUCUAGAGUGCAGUGCAGCUGAACUGGGGACUGUAAUCGGCAUGUCAAACAGUAUUGGUUUUAUCAUUGCACCAAUCACUGGGAAUCUUGCAAAGCGAUAUGGCAGCCGGGUGUGUGUAACGACCGGAGGGUUCUUGCUUUUUGUAGGAUACCUUGCCAGUGCGUUCACUUGGAACAUCUUCCAGUUAACCAUCACAUUGGGAAUAACAACAGGCCCGAUCGCCAUGGCCCCGUUGGAAGUACGACUCAUUGACUCCGAAUCCCCAGUUAGAAAACACGUUCCUACAUGAGCUUGUGCACAAAAAACACUACAGUUUUACAGUGGUUGCUUUAUGACCUGACAGGAAGGUACGACCUAGCCUUCGUCGUGCUUGGAAUCGUCAACAUUGUAAUGAUGGUACUCAUGCUGGUGGACGGCGUUAUUCAGCUAUGUUGUUUCCAAUAAUGUUUUAAUGAGUUUAUUUCAGUAACGCGUUUAUUUCAGUACAACAGUUGUCUUCAUUGGUGUUUUAGGCGUCACAAGCCACAUU